AUGAAUUUGUUAAUGUGUUUUCUAAUACUUUGUUGCAUUACUAUCAUCAAUGCUAAUAUUGUAGUAGACACCAAGUUUGGAAAAGUGGCUGGCAAAGAAGUGGAUUCAAUUAUUCCUAAUGAGAAGUAUUACUCGUUUUUGGGUAUACCUUAUGCUAAACCACCUAUUGGAGCAUUACGAUUGCAGCCGCCACAACCACCUGAAGGUUGGAGCGAUAUUUUAGAAGCCAAAAAGGAAAGAAAGCCUUGUCCACAAUAUUUUUUACCGGUACGAAAUACUAAAAGAAUUGGUUAUACCGGUGACGAGGAUUGCUUAUAUCUUAGUGUGCAUACUCCAAAAGUUUCGGGAACAAACUUAGGAUUUCCUUCGAUAGUGUUUCUAUAUAAUGAACAGUUUCGAAUAUCAUUUAAUGGUUCAAAGGACUACGGUCCUGAUUUCUUUAUGAAAGAGGAAGUAAUUUUAAUAACUGUUCACCACAGAUUAGGUGCGCUAGGUUUUAUAUCAUUUGAAGAUGAAGUACUCCCAGGUAAUAAUGGUCUACGAGAUGUUAUACUAGCUCUUAAAUGGAUACAAGAAAAUAUUAAAUUCUUUGGUGGAGAUCCGUCAAGAGUAACGUUAAUGGGUAGCCAAGGUGGUGGUGCUUUAGCUGAUUUACUACUCCAAACAAAGAAAUCAGAGGGCUUAUUUCAUGCUGUAAUAUUACAAAGUGGAACUUCAUGGAACCCAGAGUACAUUGAUGAGAAUCCACGUAAAAAGGCAAAAGCUCUAGGUGAAGCAUUAGAGGAGACAUUAACCACAACUUCCUAUCUCAUUAAACGUUUCGCAGAUUGGUCAGCACAACUUAUAGCAGAAUCAGAACAUUUAGCUAUUCACGCUGAUGAUGCUCGAGCAAUACAAAGAGGUAUUGUUGCCUUUGGACCAAGCAUAGAACCGAAACACCCCGAUGCUAUUAUAACAUCAUAUCCUGAGGAUAACAACUUUAAUAUAAAUGUACCUAUUAUGGUUGGUUACAACUCAAGGGAAGGCAUAGAAUUUUCUGAACGUUUUCUACAAAAGCCGCAAUAUCUCACAUUUGCAGACAGAGAUUUCCUUUUAAUGUUUCCAAUUCGUGUAAAGUACCAUUUCAAAAUCAACGAUAAAGUUUAUUUCGAGGCUAUCGAAAAGAUCAAGGAAUUUUAUUUCGAUGAAGGUUAUGUAAAAAUUAGUAAACCGGGAGAAUAUAUAUCUUAUAUAACUGAUAUAACUGCAUUUUACAACACUGAUUACGCAGUAAGGAAAUAUACCAACAUGUCUAGUUUCCCAGUUUACUAUUACGUUUUCGAUUAUAGCGGCGAAUUAAACAUGAGAAAAAAAGCAUCUCUUCAAGAUGCAAUUAAUAUAGAUGGUACAUGGGGUGCUACUGUCGCAGAUGAAUUAUGCUACUUAUUCGUAUGUAAUCCCCGAAAAAUAUACAAAAAAUUAUUGGAAGAAGAAGAUUCAGAGGAAAUUAAAGUUUUAAAGAACAUGGUCAGAUUGUGGGCUAACUUUGCUAAAACUGGGAACCCUACCCCUACUGGAGAGCAAUUUACCUGGAAGCCAGCGACAAAACAUAAAAGAGAAUGUCUUGUGAUCAGUGAUGAACUUAAAAUGCGGGAUAAUAUUCAUGAGGACGUAGUCAAGUUCUGGGAUGAAUUUAUUUCAUCGUACAGCGUGAAAGCUAUCAAUGGAAUCAUACAAGAUAUUAUAAGGGAUGAGUUUUAA